CUCGCCACAGCGCUGCGGACGGUGACAGAGUCCAUCGGCACGCUGAAGCUGGCCAACGGCGAGGACAUCGCGAAGCAGCUGACGGGUGUGGCCGGCGCGCGCAACGUCCCCGAGAAGAAGAAGCCACCCAAGUCCAAGGCGGUGCGCCUAGCAGAGGCAGCGAAGGCGCUCGACUCCGCGACCCGCACCGACAACUGGGCGUACGAGCAGAAGGUGCUGGCCGAAGCGAAGGCAACCAAGGCCCACGAGAGGUUGCAGGAGAGCGCGGACGCAGUCGUCAGUGCCGAGGCCGAGAUCGAGGCCAUCCAGAACGAGGGCAAGCAGAAGGUCGAGGACGAGUUCCGCCAGCACGAAGACCUCGACGCCGAGGGCAAGAAGGCCGUGGACGAGGCCAAGAGACAGGUGCUCGAGCAGCUGCAGCGCAACACCAGGGAGUUCGCGGGCCAGCUGAAGCAGCACCUCCAGGCCGCCAAGGCCAAGGCCGAGCAGGAGCGGGCCGAGAUCCAGCAGGCCUACAAGAAGCGGAAGGCGGAGCAGCAUACGUCGGGACAGGCCGCAGACGCGCCGACCGCCGCUGCCCCACCAACCGCAGGUCAGGGCGCGGUGGGGGGGCGGCAGUUUGGCGACGACUCCCACCACGAGCGCCACAUAUUCAGCGCCAACAUCACGACCUGGGGCCCCACGGCGUUGAGCUGGCCACGACGAGACGGAGUACGGCAGCCCCACGACGUCUACGCCAUCCAGGAGACCCACCUGCCCCAGGCCCAGCUCGCGGACACGGAGCACACGCUGCAGAAGAUGGGCUUCUCAGCAGUGUUCACCGCGGCGCGCGCCAGCACGAACAGCCCCAGUGGAACUUGCGGAGGUGCGGGAGUCCUCACCAAGGGCCACCUCAAGGCAACGACACACCGACAUCGGGGAGAGCGUACCAACGUCUCGGGCGCCACCACCUACGACGCCGACGACACCCACGCCACCUACCGCAUGUGCGACUGGACGCCAGUCACUCUGCACCUGCGAGGCCCCCAGCUCCUCAUCAUCUCCCUCUACCUCGACCCGUGCCAUUCCGUCAACUUCUGCGAGAACUCCAGGAAGUUGACGUCCCUGGCCGCCUUCCUCGCCACCGCACACGCGCCGUGGACCAUCUGCGGCGACUUCAACCGCUCCUACGCGACUUCUGUGGUGCAGUCAGGCUGGACCACAGCCCUCGGCGCCACCGCCUACGUGGGACUCGACGACAACCAGGGCGCGCGCUUCCUCGGCGACGCGAAGCCGUCCAACAUC